UAACCUAAGCCAACCGACCAAUUAUAAAUUUCAUAGAGAUGAACGGCGGAGGAAAGGUGGUUUGCGUCACCGGAGCUUCCGGAUACAUAGCGUCUUGGAUUGUGAAGCUUUUGCUCCUCCGUGGCUACACCGUCAAGGCCACUGUUCGAGACCCAAAGGAUACAAAGAAAACAAAGCAUCUUCUUACACUUGAAGGUGCAGAUGAAAGACUAAAAUUGUUCAAAGCAGAUCUUUUGGAAGAAGGUUCGUUCCAACAAGCUAUAGAGGGAUGCGAUGGUGUCUUCCAUAUCGCCUCUCCAGCUGAGCUGAUUGAUCCAGCCGUUAAAGGUACAAUGAACGUUUUGAAAACAUGCGCGAAAGCUUCCUCGGUAAAGAGGGUCGUUGUAACAUCUUCCACAGCAGCUGUUCUUGGUUGUAAGCCACCCUUAGGGCCAAACGACGUGGUGGACGAAACGUUCUUCUCCGAUCCAAAUUUUUGCUUGGAAAUGCAGCAAUGGUAUGCAUGUUCGAAGACUUUGGCUGAGGAUGCAGCGUGGCGCUUUUCCAAAGAAAAUGGGAUCGAUUUGAUCGUAAUGAAUCCAGGAAACGUAGUCGGACCACUUUUGCAGCCAACUCUUAAUUUCUCUAUAGAAGUGAUUGUGGAUCUUUUAAACGGUAAAAAUCCUCCCAAUAGUUUUUACUACAGGUUUGUGGACGUGAGAGAUGUUUCACUUGCUCAUAUCAAAGCGCUUGAGAUACUGAGACAGAGAGGAGAUAUGAACGGCGGAGGAAAGGUUGUCUGCGUUACCGGAGCUUCCGGAUACAUAGCGUCUUGGAUUGUCAAGCUUUUGCUCCUCCGUGGCUACACUGUCAAUGCCACUGUUAGAGACCCAACGGACAGGAAGAAAACAGAACAUCUUCUUGCACUAGAGGGUGCAAAAGAAAGACUCAAAUUGUUCAAAGCAGAUCUUUUGGAAGAAUCCUCUUUCGAACAAGCUAUCCAAGGCUGUGACGCUGUCUUCCAUACCGCUUCUCCAGUUCUAUUCACCGUCACAGAUCCUCAGACUGAGCUGAUUGAUCCAGCCUUAAAGGGUACUAUUAACGUCCUCAAUACAUGCAAACAAGUUUCCUCUGUCAAGAGAGUCAUUCUGACAUCUUCCACGGCUGCGGUUCUCUCUCGUCAGCCUCCUAUUGGGCCAAACGACGUGGUGGACGAGUCUUUCUUCUCCGAUCCAAGUCUAUGCAGGGAGACAAAGAAUUGGUAUUCACUCUCCAAGAUUUUGGCAGAGAAUGCAGCUUGGCAAUUUGCCAAAGACAACGGAAUCGACAUGGUUGUGUUGAAUCCAGGAUUUAUUUGCGGACCACUCUUGCAACCAACUCUUAAUUUUUCGGUAGAGCUAAUUGUGGAUUUCAUCAAUGGUAAGAACCUUUUCAAUAAUAGAUACUACAGGUUCGUGGACGUAAGAGAUGUCGCCUUAGCUCAUAUCAAAGCGUUGGAGACUCCUUCAGCCAAUGGCAGAUACCUCAUCGAUGGUCCAAGUAUGAGUGUAAACGACAUUUUAGAGAUUCUGCGGGAGCUAUUUCCAGAUUUAUGUAUUGCUGAUACGAAUGGAGAAAGUGAGAUGAAUGAAAUGAUACGCAAAGUGUGUGUGGAGAAAGUGAAGAAUUUGGGAGUGGAGUUCACUCCUUUGAAAACAAGCCUUAGAGACACUAUUCUUAGCCUCAAGGAGAAAUAUAAAAGUGAAGAGAUGGCCGAUGGAGGAAAGGUGGUCUGCGUCACCGGAGCUUCCGGAUACAUAGCAUCUUGGAUUGUUAAGCUUUUGCUCCUCCGUGGCUACACCGUCAAUGCCACCGUUCGAGACCCAAACGAUCGAAAGAAAACAGAUCACCUUCUUGCACUGGACGGCGCAAAAGAAAGACUCAAAUUAUUCAAAGCAGAUCUUUUAGAAGAAGGUUCUUUCCAACAUGCAAUUGAUGGAUGUGAUACUGUCUUCCACACUGCUUCACCGGUUGCAAUCACUGUCAAAACUGAUCCUAAGGUUGAGCUGAUUGAUCCAGCCGUCAAGGGUACUAUUAACGUCCUGAGAACUUGCACUAAGGUGUCUUCUGUCAAGAGAGUCAUCUUAACAUCGUCCAUGGCAGCAGUUCUUGCUCCUGAGACCAAGUUGGGACCAAACGAUGUAGUAGACGAAACCUUCUUCACUGAUCCAAGUUUUGCUGAGGGGAAAAAGCAAUGGUAUAUACUUUCCAAGACUUUGGCCGAAGAUGCAGCAUGGCAAUUCGCCAAGGCCAAUCAGAUCGACUUGAUCGUACUAAAUCCAGGACUUGUGAUUGGACCAAUCUUGCAUCCAACUCUUAACUUCUCAGUAGCUGUGAUUGUGGAACUUAUGAAAGGUAAGAAUCCUUUUAAUACAAGACAUCAUAGGUUCGUGGACGUGAGAGAUGUUGCUCUAGCUCAUGUCAAGGCACUCGAGACUCCUUCAGCCAAUGGCAGAUAUAUCAUUGAUGGUCCGGUUGUGACAAUAAAAGACAUUGAAAAAGUUUUGCGCGAAUUCUUUCCUGAUUUGUGCAUUGCUGAUAGGAAUGAAGACAUUCCUGAGAUGAAUUCAGUGACUUACAAAGUGUGUCUGGAGAAAGUGAAAAGUUUGGGAAUAACUGAGCUCACUCCUACAGAAACAAGCCUUAGAGACACUGUUCUUAGUCUCAAGGAGAAAUGUCUUGUGUGAUCUUCUUUAUUGUUUUGGGUACUUGUUAUUCCAUGCAAUCUAUGCAUUUCAAAAAUUAUAAUUAAGUCUUACUAGUUAUGUUAAAACCAAUAUAAAUCUUAUAUUUAU